AAGGAGGCGGCGCCGAGUGAGCUGUUGAGGGGAGAAACGAGGGAAGCAGCAGAGCGGAGGGGGUGGGCGAAGGAAGGACUGCCGACCGCUCCCGUUCCUCUCCCUCCUCGCCCCGUUUACGCCCCCGUGGAGCCCCUUCGAGGCAGGCAGCGUCACUCGUUGUAUAACCGGCGGCUGCCGCCAGCCGGGUCAGCCGCUCCUCGCGCCCGUCACCACCGCCGGGGCUGGAGCGGGGGCUGCGGGAGCCUCGGUCAGGGUGAACUCAAAUGUAAAAUUUGAAAAUGCUGAAUACUGAUAACAAAAAUGGCUUUAAAAAUAUCAGAACUGUACAGCAGCUUGUGCUAAGUACAGGUAUUCUGUUCUAUAACUGAGGAGCUGGAUUCUGAACUAUAUAAAACAAUUUGAACUCUUUGAAAAUAUUUUAUAACAGUCAUUGGCCCUGAAGUUCUUUGCUCAAAAUGAGUGAAUAUUUGGAAAUGGCAAAUGCAGAAAACAUGGAUAUUCAGAUGAAGAAUGAACAGAAUUUGGAUGCCCUUCAGGAAGAUAUUGAAAUGAAUGGUGGAUCCAGUGCAAAUGAUGCAAGUGAAAAUUACUCCAGUGGGCAUGAUUCACAUAGCAAUGAGGGUGAAGAAAAUGGGAAAGAGGCAACUAUGAUUAUGGAAUCUUUAGACUGUUAUAAAAGGUUGUCUAGCAGCGAACUAUCAUCUAAAUCUAAAACCCAGAAGGAAGUAAUAAAAACAUUGCAGGAAUUAAAAAGGCAUCUUCCUCCUGAUAAAAGGAUCAAAGGCAAACCUAGUAUCCUGGCAACUCUGAAGUAUGCGCUUGGAAGCAUUAAGCAAGUUAGAGCCAAUGAAGAAUAUUACCAGUUGUUGAUGACUAAUGAAAGCUAUCCUUGUGGCCUUGAUGUAUUGUCCUAUACUGUGGAAGAUGUUGAAAACAUUACCACAGAAUACAUCAUGAAGAAUGCAGAUAUGUUUGCUGUAGCUGUUUCUUUGGCUACUGGGAAAAUUCUGUACAUCUCCGAUCAGGCUGCCUUUAUUCUCCGCUGUAAGAAAGAUGUAUUUAAAAAUGCCAAAUUUGUGGAGUUUCUGGCACCUCAGGAUGUCAGUGUGUUCUACAGCUCUACUACUCCAUACCGAUUGCCAUCCUGGACUAUUUGCAAUGGAGUUGAGUCUACCACCCAGGAGUGCAUGGAGGAAAAGUCUUUUUUUUGCCGCAUCAGUGCAGGGAAAGAGGAGCAUACUGGUGAGAUCUGCUACCACCCAUUUCGUAUGACUCCAUACCUUAUCAAAGUACAGGAUGAAGAUGAUCAGCUUUGUUGUGUGUUGCUUGCAGAAAAGGUCCACUCUGGUUAUGAAGCACCCAGAAUUCCUUCUAAUAAAAGGAUAUUUACAACUACACACACCCCAAGUUGUUUGUUCCAAGAUGUAGAUGAAAGAGCGGUGCCUUUGUUGGGAUACUUGCCUCAGGACUUAAUUGGAACUCCUGUCUUAGUGCAUCUUCAUCCAAGUGACAGACCUUUAAUGAUAGGAAUUCACAAAAAAAUUCUUCAGUGCGGUGGACAGCCAUUUGAUUAUUCACCAAUCAGGUUCUGCACCAGAAAUGGUGAAUACAUAACUCUGGAUACUAGCUGGUCCAGUUUCAUCAAUCCCUGGAGUCGAAAGAUUUCUUUUAUAAUUGGAAGACACAAAGUUAGAACUGGUCCCUUGAACGAAGAUGUGUUUACACCUCAGUGCGCAGAAGAAAAAAUCCUUCACCCUAGCAUCCAAGAAAUUACAGAGGAAAUAUAUCGGUUAUUAUUACAGCCUGUACAUAACAGUGGCUCUAGUGGCUAUGGAAGUUUGGGAAGCAAUGGAUCACAUGAGCACCUAAUGAGUGUGGCUUCAUCCAGUGACAGCAAUGGGAACAAUAAUGAAGAUACCCAGCGGAUACCCAAGCCUAAGUCUUCUCAAGGUAUAUGUAACAAUGGACGUGAGGCCAAAAAUAAAGAGCACGUCUUCGUCAAUUCCAGAUCGAAGCUUGAAAGUGAGAAAAAAUAUGCAGAGAAAUCCAGUGACCAUAUGGAAAGUGCUACUCAGCCAGCAGAAAAUGAUGGUGUUGGAAUGGCUUGUCAGAGGAGCUUGGCUGCAGAAGAACUGGCUUGGGGAGAACAACCUGUUUAUUCCUAUCAGCAGAUCAGCUGUUUAGACAGUGUUAUCAGAUAUUUGGAAAGCUGCAGUGCAGGUGAUGCAGUGAAGAAAUCACAGCCUUCCUCAAACGCUGCUUCACUGAAUUCUGAUAUGCUUAGAGAGAAAAGGCAUGACAUUAAAACACCCACAGAAGAAAGUGUGCUGUCAAAAUCCCACAUAGGCCCUGUGGAGUUGGAGAUAGCUGAGAAAUCGAAUGCUUCUGCUGUUGUUGGUGCUCACUUAACUUCUUUAACUUUGCCUGGCAAGCCAGAGAGUGUUGUAUCUUUAACCAGUCAGUGCAGCUACAGCAGCACCAUAGUUCAUGUUGGAGACAAAAAAACACAGCCUGAAUUAGAAAUAAUCGAAGAUGGUCCCAGUGGAACAGAACCCAUGGAGAGUCAGCUUAUUGCUCCACAAUCUACUACUACUCAAAAGAAUCAAGAAAAAGAGUCAUUUAAGAAAUUGGGGCUUACAAAGGAAGUCCUUGCAGUGCAUACACAAAAAGAAGAGCAGAGCUUUCUGACCAAAUGUAAAGAAAUCAAAAGGUUCCAUAUUUUUCAAUAUAAUUGCAGUUACUACUUUCAAGAAAGACACAAAGGACAUCCUGGUAACCGUGGUGUUCAUGGACCACGACAUGGCUCUGGAGUAGAUCAGUCUUGGAAGAAAAAUGGGAAGAACAGGAAAUCUAAGCCAAAACGACAGAAGCUACACAAUUCUUCAGACAGCACAACCUCUGGUACCAAACCUCCACGCAGGUUUCCCCGGCUUGUCCCAAAUAGCACAGCCUGGUCUCCAUCAGAUACUUCUCAAGCAAGUUAUCCAGGAAUGCCUUUUCCUACAGCUAUGUCUACAUACCCACUUGCAGUUUUUCCACCAACAGGAACUGUGCCACCAGGUCCUGAAGCGCCUCUUUCUGCUUUCAGUGAAUCGCAGGACUCGGGAAAUCCCUGUCAUUUGCCAUUAUCACAGUUUCCCAACCCUCUGAUGACUCCAGUGGUAGCACUUGUACUCCCCAACUACAUGUAUCCUCCAGUGAACAAUGGGAUUCCUCAAGCACUUUAUCCUGAUCCACCUAGCUUUCCUGCUCAGCCUUCUUUCUCUUCCCAAGCAGUGUUUACAGCACAGCCUCCAUUCACUGCCUCGAACACAUUCCCACCUCAACUGUUCCAUUAUAAUCCACUGGCAGGGAGUGAAAAGACCGCUGUUGUAGAAUCUCGAAAUGAGCAAUCCCGUUCAUGCACUCCACAGUCUCCUGGCCCACAAGGUCAAGCCUCACCACCAUUGUUCCAGUCCAGGUGCAGUUCUCCUCUACAGUUGAACCUUCUGCAAUUAGAAGAAAUGCCCAAAAAAGUGGCUGAAAGUGGUGCUGCUGGUACACUAGGAAGCCAUGGAACUGUAACUGAUGGAGGGGCGACAAGCAAACCCAUGAGCUCAGAUGACUGCAACAGAAAAGCAUCUUCCCCUGUUGGAUCGCCAAUGGAAGUUCAAAAUAGUGAUGCCUUCUCUAUAUCUAGUGAUUUACUUGAUAUUUUACUCCAGGAAGAUGCAAGUUCAGGCACUCUCUCUGCUUUGUCAGGAAGUGGUGUUUCAGCAGCUGCUGAGUCCUUAGGCUCAGUUUCAAAUGGAUGUGGCAUGUCAGGCAGUGGAACAGGAAAUAGUGAAACAAGUCAUACCAGCAAAUAUUUUGGGAGCAUUGACUCAUCAGAAAACAAUCCGAAAACAAAGCGAUCAGAACUGGAAGUAAAUGAGCAGUUCAUUAAAUAUGUCCUCCAGGAUCCCAUCUGGCGGUUGAUGGCAAAUACAGAUGACACUGUUAUGAUGACUUACCAGAUUCCCUCCCGAAACUUAGAAACUGUUUUAGAAGACGACAAACUGAAACUGAAACAAAUGCAGAAGUUCCAGCCAAAAUUUACUGAGGAGCAAACGAGAGAGCUACUUGAAGUACACCCAUGGAUUCAGAAGGGUGGACUACCGGGGGCUGUUACUAAUUCGGAGUGUAUUUAUUGUGAAGAAAAUGUAAACAGCAGAUUUUAUGCACAAGAUGAAGAAGAAAUCCAUAAAAUGGAGCUUAAUGAAAUGAAUGAAGCCAUUGGGGGGGAAUAGCUCGACUACCCUGAACCAAGUCAACAGUGAAAAUGUUUAAUCCAUGAAGAUCCGUUUCGAACAUGAUCUGCUUUAUAACUAUUGCAGUACAUCAUUAGAUCUUCAGGGUUUUUAAGUUUGUUUCUUGUGAAAUGGAUCUAAUUUUAUAUAAAGCAAAUGGAUUUUUUGUUCUAGAAAAAAGUCAUUUGUGAUUAAUCACUUUGAGAGGCUGCAUACCUCAACCAGUCACUGCUGAAGAAGUAUAAUAUUCAUUAUUUAAAACUAUGGAGGAUAUACUCAGAGCCUGAAUGGAUACAGCAAAGAAUUUCACAAAAUAUUGUGCCAUCCUAAAAAUUACUUUCAGACUGCUUUUUUUUCAGUGACACAUAAUUUUGAAAUAUAUGGCAUAUUUUCUAGUAUGGAAUAUUUUGAAUGAAUUUCAGGUUAGUGGAUAGAAUUAUGCCUGUUUCCCAAACCUGACUUUACCCAAUCCCAUCAGUAUUCUGAUAUUUGAGUUGCUUUUAACAACAGUAAGUAAUUUCACCUUUCUAAGAUAUCCAGUAAUUUGUUUAGCUUCUUUAAAAAAAGUUGUAUGCAUGAAAAAUCCCUGGCGGCCCGCCCACCCUGCGCCAGUGUCUAACCAUUCCUAUCCUAUUUUUCAAUAAUCUAUGAUCCAAAAUUAUAAUAAAUUAUUCUUGAAAUAUGCAUCAGUGACUUAUUUGUUAAAUGUUUUAAUUGAUGUUUGUUCCCACAAAUUCCCAUAUUUUAUCAGCCAACAGUAAUUGUCAGUUCAGAAACAGUCUUGCAGAGAAGCAUACAAAAAAUUGCUAGUAUCCAAAAAACAAAAUUACCCCUUGAAUUCUGCACCAAGGAGCUAUCUUCCCAAACGGGAGAAACUAAUCAUAAGACUGAUUUAGCUGGCAUUAUAAUAUUUUCAUAAUGAAGAAUAAUCUGGGGGUUGCAAUGAUUGCAUAUAGAAUGUUGAGUUACAGUAUUGAAAUAAGAGGAAGGAGUCUGCUACUGAGGAAGCUUGGGUCAACAUGACCAGAACACAUUUCAGCUUUUAAUUGCCCCUCCUCUUUGCCUUCUCAAACAACUGGCACUCUUUUACCUGCUGAAUUACAGGCAAUUUCCUCUCCACUGACCUAGUAGUCACUUUAACUAUACUACUAUAUAUCAUUAACAUUGUGGCCUCUUGUGGUGUGGAGAAUGGUAUAAAAUUAUAUUAGAAAGCCAUCUGUAAUUGGAGCCUUAAUGUACACCUGAUAUCCGUAACUGCAUUCUGUUAAUUUUCAAGCUUUUUUAGAUUUAUCGUUUUUGUUAUUUGUGCCCCUAAAGUUAACUUCCGAAGAUUGAAGUGUUAGUACUGUAUAGAAAAUGCUGUUUGUUGCUGAAUAGCAGAGCUGAUUUCAGGAGUUAGUCACGGGAUAAAAAUAACUUUUAUUUAACUAGGACUGCCUCACCCCAUUUGCACUGACCCAGACCCUCCAUUUAUCAUCUGAGAUCCUUCUUCAUGUGCUCCCUCCAUAAGAGGUUUGGAGGGCGACAACACAAGAAUGGGCCUUUUCUGCAGUAGUUCCCAGGGAGUUUGGCAUAGCACCUUCAUUACAUAUAUUUAAGCACCAGGCGAAAACAUUUCUCAACGUCCAGGCCUUGGGCUGAUUAACAUUCUAUGGCCUUUUAAAUGUAUUGGGGGGGUAUUGGUUUGUUUUUCUUUUAAUGUGUAAUUUGUGUUCUCAUUUUUAUGUUGGGAACAGCCCUAUAAUCUUUGGAUGAAGGGUGGUGUAAAAAUUUAAAAAGUGAAAUAAAAUAGACAUAAAUGUACAUAUGCAUACUAAUCAAUAUGUCCAAGAAACUUGUCAUGCCGUGCUUGAUACCAACACGUAAGAACUGUCGGACAAGAUCUGGCCUCUGAGCCAAAGAUACAGUCCGACAGCAUAUUGUAACGUAUGCUUUAGCAAAGAGAAGUCGUCUCAGGAUAAUCAUGGGUUAAUUUAUUCCUGGGUGGCUGCUGUGGUGAUGGUGGCUGUUUCCAAGCUUUCCUGAUAAGUCAGAAGCUUGUAGGUGUUUUUGAAUAUGAGUCUGCCUUCUGCAAUUGGCUAGCAAUCAACUUUAUCUGAACCAAUAAAUUGCAGAACUUAAUUGUGAGUUGUAUAAAAUAAGGGUGAAAUCCAACGCAGCAUUAGCAGGGCUUCUCCUACCCUUGAGUACCCCCAGAAACUGCUCAAGAGGGUUGGGGAACACUCGGGAGUAUAUUGGAAGUGAUUACAGAGGGGAAAGAAACCAUAAGUCCCUUUGUACAAGCAGAUUUCAUCACGGGAUACCCCAAGUACAGUAUCUUGAUUUUCAGUUUGCUUCUGUUGCUCUGGUGCCUUCUAAUUUUUGUAUUUCGGGAAAGAGGUAAAUAAUACUUGCUUUAUCUGCAACCUUCUCUCAGAGCAACUCGUGGCAUUUCGUGCAUGUAGCUAUGAACCCUGCCUGAUGUAGUUUUUCUUCAUCAUAAACUAGGUAAUUGAACUUUUUAAUGCUGCUCACACAUCAACAUGUUGUGCAUAUCCUGUUGCACUUAAAUUGGUCGUUUUUAGCAUAACACGAGGAGGGCCAUUUUGAGGAAAUGAAGCUUUAUCUAAUGGCAUGUACUUAAAUUCUGAUUCUACAGUCACUUAUGCACAGGCUUUACAUGUAAUUUUUAAAUCACAUGGAAAACUCUCAGUGCUUAAAAGUGUCAAAAUUCAGAGAGUCAUAUGAUUAAUUCCACACUCCACAGAACCUUGGGCUUGUGACUUUCUUCUUUUAUAGCAGCCACCCACUGCAUGGAUGAAACUACUCUGAGAGCUUCAAAAGCAGCCUCGUGAAAUGGCAUUGAGGGUAUGUUUUAAAGCGCUGGGGGUGGGAGUUCACCACACCUGCCAAUUCCUCUCUGAAGCUGACUGGUGUGACAAGUGUGGUUUAGUAUUUAGUACAGGACUUAUGGGUGCAAAUUUAUUUUUGUAGACAUCUGCAGCAUGUAUGUGUGGUCAUUUUCACGACGAUUUUGAGAUGCCGGGGAGAAAAGUUGUUAAACCCUUUAAUGGGUGGUUUCAUAAAGAUAUCUACAUCAUUUUAAAAACUAUUUUAUUUACAGGAAUAGUACUAAAAUAUUUUCCUAUAUUUUUUUAAAAUUGCAAGCCUCCCUGAAACCGGAUUUGUUGUAGAUUAUUUUAGCUUACAAAUACUUGGUCACUAUGAGAGAACUUCAUUAAUGUGUGGCUUUUCCAUCUUCAAACAAUGUUUUCUGUCUACUGUGCAAUAUUGGUUUUUUGUCAUGUGACUUAUUUUUACUACGUGCUUUGUAGAAAAUUGGUAAAUAAAGAAUUUUUAUUUUUAACUGUAGUCUUUCCAUAAUUACUUUGUCUGGUUAAACUGUUCUACAGUGAAGACUUGAUAUGAGAAAUAUCUGCAUCCAAAUGCCAAUGCUUAAAAUGAAAUACUUGCCAGAAUUUUGAAUAAUUGUCAUUCUUGUCUUCCAGAUGGGUAUUGGUAUAACUCUUUAGCCUGUCAACCAUUUUAUAGGAACCUGUGGUCUUCCAGAUGUUGUUGGACUCCCAUCACCAGUAGCCAGUGAUAAUGGAAGUUGUAGGCCAGCAACAUCUGGAGAACCAUAGAUUCCACAUCCUUGUCCUACAUUGUAAUAAAUUAUUUUGAUAGUCAAUCUUUAUAGAUGGAACUUACACAGGCUUGUAGCCAAUGAUAGUCAUACAGAGAGUACAGCAAUUGAAAUUAAUGAACUUGGCUGACUUAGGUCCAUUAAUUUCUUUGGGUCUGCUAUGGGUAUAAUUUAGCUGGAUACAAUCCAAAAUACAUUGCCAAAUUUAACCAAUAGUGUGCUUGUAAUCU